ACCCAUUCGAACGACCAGUGAUUCUCUUAAUUGCAUCACUUCCCGUGUCUUUAACGUGACAGUCACGUAGACCUUCUUCCUCGUAACUAUUCGACUGAAGGACCAACGACACAUUGAUGGGCCACUCGGCCCAUUGAAGUUUCCACACCCUUUUGGGGUUAGGUUGAAGUUAGGUUGAGGAUAGGUCUAUGCUGUCUGCACUUAGACCUUCUCGCAACAUUAUUUAUGGUUCAGCUGAUAUUCCUUAGACAAUCUGUCCGCGAUACUACAUCAAAUUAGGUGUUACAUCCACUACUAGAAGUUAAUCUUUAGAAUCUGAUCUGUAUUCGCUUGCAAUUCAGCAAUUGAUCGUCGACCGUUCAGGAUUCAAGAGGAUUUGUCUCUGAUUCCAAACAGUGGAUGAUAUAGGAUUUCAUCUCGUCUUCUAAUAUUUACACCAUUUUCCCUCAUGCAAUCAGUCUUCCACCGCUUGACACCUAUUUACAGUAUCUUGCUACACAAUCAGCCUGCAACAGUGCUUAUCGCUUGCUAUCCAGAUUAUUCAGCCGUACGGACCCUGUUCAUAUUCUCAUGCAACUUCUGAGUCAGCCGUGGAUGGCAGAAAAAUCAAACGAUUCUUAACAAUUCGUGAACUGCAGUGUGGAAAAGAAUUUCAUUGGAAAACAAGCGAUAACGUAUGGUAGCGUGGAAGAAACGAUGCCUGGUGGCAAGAUGCGCGGAAGUGGGACGAAAUCGUAACGUUGAUAAGGUAUUGGAUGCGUAAAUAAGGUUGAAAGUCAGAUUUUCGCGAGAAGCGUGUCCCUUCUCGUCAGAUAAUCGUGUCAGAGGUCGUGGCCUGUAUCUAAUCGAGGCUCUGCGAACGCUAUGCACCGAACAAUGUAUACGAGAGUUGAGAACGGAUGGUCAGUCACGAUCCGACCGUUAAUAACUUAACCUGGUGCGUGAAAACUCGAUCUGAAAAUGCUGAAAUCGUAUCUGUCCGUUCUAUCGAUCGUUUUACUAUUUUCCACGAUCGUUCGAUCGGAGGAACAACCGACCUGCAGGCAGAUAAAAGGGUACAAGGUGUGCGACAAAAAGGGAACCCUGAUGGACGUCAGCCAACAAGAAUUCGAGGAAACGUUACAGAUUCACGACUUGAACCUGUUAGCUAUUCGAGAAGACACCUUCAAAAAUCUAACGACCACGAAGCUGAGCUUCGGUCUGGGUAACAAAAUCUCCGUGGUGAAAAAGAAGUCGUUCAAAGGAUUGGAAAAACUGGAACGGCUGGACCUAGACAGCAACGUUAUACCUCUGUCACCGAAUCUGUUCUCAGAGCUGAAGCAAUUGCAUUCGCUAUCUCUGAUCUUCAAUAAGAUCAGCGAGAUACCCAAAGACACUUUCGCUGACCUGUCCAACUUGAUGUGGCUGUACUUGGGACACAACGACAUCGAAUCGGUGAACAAGGACUCGUUCUCAGGAUUAUCUUCGUCGCUGACGUUCCUCUGGUUAAACGACAAUAAAAUCACCAGCAUAGACACUGGAGCGUUCAGCCAGAUGCCAGAAUUGACCCGCCUUCACUUGGAGAACAAUAAACUAACCUCAAUUCAGCCAGGAGUGCUGCGGGGAUUGCACAAGUUGGACGGCCUCUUUCUCGAAGAGAAUGAAUUGACAAGCGUGUCCAAGAACGAUUUCAAAGGACUGAUUGGUUUAAGGAUUUUGAACCUGGAUCACAAUCAGAUAGCAAGUAUCGAGUCAGGAGCAUUCUCAGAUCUCAGUCAGUUGGAACAAUUGAACCUGAGGAAGAACCAGCUGACCCGAGUUGACUCCGGAGUGUUCAAUGGACUGUCCAACUUGAAAAGGUUGGAUCUCUCUGAUAACAAGAUCGCUGUAGUGCAAUCUGGUGCAUUUGCAGGCCUUUCAGCGCUGAAAACCUUAAUCCUGGCGAACAAUAAAUUAACUGACGUAGACAGAAAGGACUUUGGACUGACCAGUUUGACUAUUCUGUAUACGUAAGGCGAGGCUAUUCUCUGCUAUGCGGAGUGUUGUACGCAGUUUGCAGAAUGUAGAGAUCGGUGUAAUAAAGAAGUGUGACGUUGUACAUGUUAAA